AUGGAUUUGAUGGGUACGAUGCGGCUGCGGGAUUUGAUCUCCGCCGUGCGACAGUGCCGAACCUCCGCCGAGGAGCGGGCGCUCAUCAAGCGGGAGUGCGCCAACAUUCGUGAAUCCUUUCGGGAGAACAGGCCGCUGCUGCGCACGCGCAACAUGCUGAAGCUGCUAUACAUCACCAUGCUUGGCUACCCGACGGAGUUUGGGCAGGUGGAGGUGGUGAGCCUGCUCGCGCAGGCCGACUACGCCGGCAAACGGGUCGGCUACCUCACCCUGCAGAUGGUGCUCGACGAGAACGACGAGGUGCUGACGCUCUCGGAGAACCACAUCAAGCAGGAUCUGGCGCAGGGCCAGCCGCUCAUUCAGGCCAUGGCGUUGAACGUGGUGGCCAACAUCGCGAGUGAGGUGAUGGCGCGCGACAUACUUGACGAGGUCAGCCGCUUGGCACGGUCUUCCAACACGUAUUUGUCAAAGAAGGCGUGCUUGGCGGCGAUUCGAAUUGUGAAGAAAAUACCCGAUUACGCCGAGGUGUUUUUGGAUAUGUUCACAGGCCUCUUUCGUGAGCGCAGCCCGGGGGAGCUGCUGGCCGCCGUGACGCUUGUGAACGAAUGCCUGCAGCUGCCGCAAGGCGAGGCGUUUUUGCCCAAAUACCGCCCCCUGGCGAACGCCGCGGUCCGCAUACUGAAGCAGCUGGUCCUUUCAUCGCGGGUGACGGACCAGGACGUGCUCGGCGUCACGGACCCCUUUCUGCAGGUGAAACUGCUGCAGUUUAUGCGAAUCAUUGGCACGGGCAGCGCUGUGACGUCGGAGGCCUUGAACGAUGUCUUGGCGCAGGUGCUCACCAACACGGACGCCUCCCGCAACGUCGGCUGCUCGAUUCAGUACGAGUGCGUGAAAACGAUCUACGCCGUCGAGAGCGAUGAGGGACUUCGCACGUUAGGCAUCAACACCAUCAGCCGCUUCCUUUCCUCGAGCGACAACAACCAUCGCUUUGUGGCGCUGGAGUCGCUUCUCGACUACGCCUCCCGCCACGCAGACGCGGUGCGCGAGCACCAGGACACCAUCCUGGACUGCCUCAAGGACGUCGACGUCUCCAUUCGUCGCCGCGCGCUGGACCUCACCGUGGCGCUCGUCACGGAGGACAAUCUGCGCCUGCUGGUGCCGGACCUAGUCUCGUACCUGACAGUUUCCUCGGAGGAGAUGCGUGAGGAUGUGACGCUGCAUCUGUGCCGCAUUAUAGAGAAGAAAUCGCCUAAUACGGAGUGGCGUGUGGAAUAUUCACUCCGGGUCUUGCGGUUAGCGAAGCAGUACGCCCCAGUCGACUUUGCGACGCGACUCAUAGCAGUGCUUUCAAAUGAAUCGACAGAGAUACAAACCCCUGCGGUGGUCUCCAUGUGGGACGAGGCCUCGUACCCGUUUGACGCCUUGCAUCAAUCGCGUAAGGCGUUUCUCGUGGCGGCGGUGUGGGGUAUUGGCGAGUACGUGGAUUUGUUGAUCCAGUCAAAAGGGGUGAAGCCGGAAGAUGUGGCGAAGUGCAUCGCGGAUAUUACCAUUAACAGUGCAUUUGGCAUUAUCAAGUGUUACGGGCUCACAUCUCUGAUGAAGAUCGUUGCACGGUACCCGUCGGCGAAGCCAAUUGCCCUCCCUGUGUUUGCCAGCUACUCUACAAGCUUGGACUGUGAGCUGCAGCAGAGGGCGUGCGAGUACACAACGCUGCUGGAGUCGUUUGCAGAAGAGGCAGCCUUCUGUUUUACGCGAAUGCCACCCAUUCGUCGCGUGGAGGAGGAGGAGGUUGAGGUGCAGCCAGUGCCGCAGGUGAAUCUUCCCCCCGAGGUUUUGCAGCAAAAGGCCGCCGUGGCGCUGGAGGACCUGUUUGCCGUGGAUCCCAAGACGACGACGGCGACAGCGACGGCGACGGCUGCGGCCGGGGGCAACUCCCGAGGCGAAAACACGGCCCUCGCCAUAGAUGAUCUCUUUGGCUUGAAGGCGGAUGUCACCCCGGCUGCUGCCUCUCAGUCGACUCCGUGGGGAGCGGCCACUUCUGCGGAAGUUGAGCCCGCACGGGCUACCGAGGUGCAUGUGUUUGACUGCGACGAUUUCACCGUGAGCUUGAGUGCCGUGGUGCAGGAGGCCAUCCACGUGGGCGUCAUUUUUGUCUCGCGGCUUCCCACCGCGAUGGAGAACCUCUCAAUUCAGGCAGCGGUGCCAAAGACCUCGACGCUGGACAUUGGGUUUCUGACUUCUACGGCGAUCCCGCCGUAUGGGCGCAUCGUGCAGCAGCUCACCGUGGACAACUCUAAAAGCAAUAAGAACCCCCGCCUGCUGACGCUGCGUGUCAAGCUGCUCUACACAGUGGGCGGAGACGCACGCGCGCAGAUCUUUCAGGUGUCGCAGGAGGUGUAA